AUGCGUCUAUCGCGUCGAGUCAGGGUAUCCUUCACCUCACCAGGAGCUCAACUGGAAGGUUGUGCUUGGAAAAAGAUUGGAGGAGGCAGUCUAGGUCAGGGGGAUGUUGGAAGUCGGAGGCCUGCGAGGUAUAAGGAAGAUGGAACAGUUUUGAUGGGUCAUAUACAGCUACGGUUCGAUGAGGAUGAACAUAUGCAGCAGCUACUUUACGUUAGAGGAAGCAUUGAUCAUCUCAACUCUACCUGA